AUGGACAGCUGUGAAAUGAGGGUCUUCCUUUGGAAAUCUAACCUGUUCUUUCCUUUGGUGCUGCUGCUGGUGUGCCUGGGAGGCUGCAGUCAUGUUUCCAGCAACCAAGUUGUAUUACUUGACACAACCACCGUAAUUGGAGAGCUAGGAUGGAAAACCUAUCCUCUAAAUGGGUGGGAUGCUAUAACAGAAAUGGAUGAAUAUAAUCGUCCUAUCCACACAUACCAGGUAUGUAAUGUUAUGGAACCCAACCAAAACAACUGGCUUCGUACAAAUUGGAUCUCGCGUGAUGCUGCCCAGAAAAUUUAUGUGGAAAUGAAAUUUACACUGAGGGACUGCAACAGCAUUCCAUGGGUGCUGGGGACAUGCAAAGAAACAUUCAACCUUUACUAUCUGGAAUCAGAUGAAUCCCAUGGAAUUAAAUUCAAGCCAAACCAAUACAGCAAAAUUGAUACUAUUGCAGCUGAUGAGAGUUUUACUCAGAUGGAUUUGGGAGAUCGCAUCCUGAAACUGAAUACAGAAGUUCGUGAAGUGGGACCAAUAAACCGUAAAGGAUUUUUUCUUGCCUUCCAAGAUAUUGGGGCAUGCAUUGCUUUGGUUUCUGUCCGGGUUUACUACAAAAAGUGUCCUUUCACUGUUCGGAACUUGGCUAUGUUUCCUGACACCAUUCCAAGGGUUGAUUCUUCUUCUUUAGUGGAAGUACGAGGUUCCUGUGUGAAGAGUGCUGAAGAACGGGAUACUCCAAAGUUAUAUUGUGGAGCUGAUGGCGAUUGGCUAGUUCCUUUAGGACGAUGCAUAUGCAGUGUUGGCUAUGAAGAAGUGGAUGGUUCAUGCCAUGCUUGCCGGUCAGGAUUUUAUAAAGCAUUUGCUGGAAAUAUAAAAUGUUCCAAGUGUCCUCCACAUAGCCAAACCUUCGUGGAAGCAACAUCUGUAUGCCAAUGUGAAAAAGGUUACUUCCGAGCUGAUAAGGAUCCACCAACUAUGGCAUGUACCCGACCACCUUCUGCUCCGAGGAAUGUCAUCUUUAAUAUAAAUGAAACAGCCCUUAUGUUGGAAUGGACUCCACCAAGUGACACCGGAGGGAGAAAAGACCUUACCUAUAGUGUUAUUUGUAAAAAAUGUGGAUCUGAUACCAGCCAGUGUGAGAUAUGUGGAGGAGGAAUCCGAUUUGUUCCAAGACAUAGUGGGCUUAUCAAUUCUUCAGUGACUGUGCUUGAUUUUGUGUCCCAUGCGAACUACACCUUUGAAAUAGAAGCCAUGAAUGGUGUCUCUGAAUUAAGCUUUUCACCAAAGCAGUUCACAGCCAUCACAAUUACCACAGAUCAAAAUGCACCCUCCUUGAUAGGUAUGGUCAGGAAGGACUGGGCUUCCCAAAACAGCAUUGCCCUGUCAUGGCAAGACCCUGCUUUUCCUAAUGGAGCCAUUCUGGACUACGAGAUCAAGUACUAUGAGAAAGAGAAUGAGCAGCUCAGCUAUUCUUCCACAAGGUCAAAGGCUCCAAGUGUCAUUGUCACAGGUCUCAAACCAGCCACCAAGUACAUAUUUCAUAUCAGACUCAGGUCUGCAACAGGAUACAGUGGCUAUAGCCAAAAGUUUGAAUUUGAAACUGGAGAUGAAACUUCAGAUAUAGCAGCAGAACAAGGGCAGAUUCUGGUCAUUGCCACAGCUGCUGUGGGUGGAUUCACUCUUCUAGUCAUUCUCACUCUUUUCUUCCUCAUUACUGGAAGAUGCCAGUGGUAUAUCAAGGCAAAAAUGAAGUCUGAAGAAAAACGAAGAAAUAAUUUGCAAAAUGGAAAUUUACGAUUUCCAGGAACCAAAACAUAUAUUGAUCCAGAUACUUAUGAAGAUCCAUCCCUUGCUGUUCAUGAGUUUGCAAAGGAGAUAGAGCCAACAAGGAUUCGUAUUGAGAGAGUUAUUGGAGCAGGUGAAUUUGGAGAAGUGUGCAGUGGUCGCCUAAAAACACCUGGGAAAAAAGAGGUUCCUGUAGCCAUAAAAACUUUGAAAGGUGGACAUGUGGAAAGGCAGAGACGGGAUUUCCUACGAGAAGCUAGUAUCAUGGGACAAUUUGAUCAUCCAAACAUUAUUCGCCUUGAAGGAGUUGUCACAAAGAGACCCUUCCCGGCCAUUGGGUUCCAGUCUCUUUGCCCAAGAUUCCUGAGGGAAGGAUUCUUAAAUAACAUUGCAGCCUCACAUCCUUUGUCAGGGGGACGAUCUUUGCCCUCCAGGAUUUUUUCCGGUAGACCACUCAUGAUAGUGGUUGAAUACAUGGAGAAUGGAUCCCUUGACUCCUUUCUACGGAAACAUGAUGGCCAUUUCACAGUCAUCCAGCUUGUUGGGAUGCUUCGUGGAAUUGCUUCAGGCAUGAAAUAUCUCUCAGAUAUGGGUUAUGUACAUCGGGACUUGGCAGCUCGGAAUAUUUUGGUCAACAGUAAUCUUAUGUGCAAAGUCUCUGACUUUGGAUUAUCACGGGUACUAGAGGAUGAUCCUGAAGCAGCUUAUACAACAACUGGUGGAAAAAUACCAAUAAGAUGGACUGCUCCUGAAGCUAUAGCCUACAGGAAAUUUUCUUCUGCAAGCGAUGCAUGGAGUUAUGGAAUUGUCAUGUGGGAAGUAAUGUCAUAUGGAGAAAGACCAUACUGGGAGAUGUCUAAUCAGGAUGUCAUUCUGUCCAUUGAAGAAGGAUAUAGGCUUCCAGCUCCCAUGGGCUGCCCGGCUGCCCUCCAUCAACUAAUGCUUCAUUGCUGGCAAAAGGAAAGAAGCCAUCGGCCGAAGUUUACAGACAUCGUCAGCUUCUUAGACAAAUUGAUACGAAACCCAAGCUCUCUUCAUACUUUAGUGGAGGAUGUACUAAUAAUGCCAGAUUCACCUGGUGAAAUUAUAGAAUAUCCCUUCUUUGUAUCAGUCAGUGAUUGGCUGGACUCAAUAAAAAUGGGCCAAUAUAAAGCUAAUUUCAUGGCAGCAGGGUACACAUCUAUGGAUCUUGUUUCAAGAAUGAGUAUUGAUGACAUUAGAAGAAUUGGAGUUGCUCUUAUUGGACAUCAGAGACGAAUAGUGAGCAGUUUACAGACUUUACGGUUACACAUGAUGCACAUACAAGACAAAGGAUUUCAUGUAUGA